CACGGACAGUAGGGGUGGCGCGCGGUCGUAAGCGCCAUCUGGCUGUUCAGUGCCCGGCCACCCUCGGUACGAUCCUGGUGUGAUUCGCGUUCGCGAUUCCGGAUUAUCGCGGUUAGUUUGCCGAGCCGAGGAUUGGAACACAGUGCACCCCCGUGCCUUAACACAGUGACCAGUGCAUGCCUUGAACGCGACGCAAAAAGCUAUAGAAACGAGCGACCAAUGAGUCGCUCGCCGCGACUCUGCGUCCACGAUCGGAGCGCCGGGAUCGUUGUUGAGGAUAGUGGAAUGGACAUCCUGUUGAGAGACAUGAACGCGCCGUGGCGAUGACAAGCCUGAUCUUGGAGAACGCCGACUUGAACCGACUCUUUCCGAAAUGCCGGCCUAGGGGCGGCCCACCCCCGGUCCCGGGGGCUUCCACGCAGAGCAGCCAGCCGCAUGACAGCCCCUGCCAGACGGAGGCCACCGCUAUCGCCACCGCCGCCGCCGCCGCCGCCGCCGUCGCCGUCGCCGCGACCACCACCACAGCAACCGUCACCAUCGCCUCUACGAACACGUCGACGAGCGUUCCCACGUUAUCGGACGACAUGAUCGACCUCGAGCGCGACACCUCAGACAGGUAUAGGAAACGAGCGAAUGGCAGAAAAAAAUCAGGUUCGCUGUCCCGUAGGACGGCGAGCGUGGUGCCCGGUUUCACGGUCGAGGGCCAAUUGUCGAUCGCCACGAAGCCGCUCUCGUCGAGCUCGUCCUCGGCGUCGGGACGCAGCGAGGACGCGCCGCAGUAUGGGAGUCUGCCCGGCAGCGAUCAUCAGGCUCAGUCGCAGCAGGACGACAGCGGGCCCGAGGAGAACCCCGUGUACAUUCUGACCUCGGCCAAGGGUGGCCCCAGCUACAAGCUUCGGGACUCGAGAAUCAUAGAGAUUGCUGGCGGACGAGAGGUAUUCUCACAGAGCCGAGGGAAGGUAGCAGCUCGAAAAUCACGAUUUCUGGCUGCGUCGAAUUCCAUAAAUAACGAGGACAUUCAAACUGAUAAUAAACUGUCUGUUAAGAAGAACAACAAGUCCCCGAGCACACAGACCAUAUGGGAAUUGCGAAGCCGAUGCGGUGAGACUAGGAAGCAACGUGCAAAUCGAGAAGUGACAGAGACUGUGUUUGCCUCCGAGGUGCAUUCGGUGCGGCGUAACCCCGCGAAAUUGAUUCUCGAUUACGACUCUCCCAAGAGCAAUCGUAGCAGUCGCAUAAUUAAUUACGAUUCAAUCUUAAAUAGCAAUAAUGUAGAGUAUACUAUACCGAAAAGUAUUACCGACCUGGACUAUGGAUUACCAAAGAGCUGCGUAGAUUAUCAGUCGAAUCACAAUACACCCGCGAGAAGUAUGGCCAUUGUCAGCGACGGCGAGGUGGUUGUCUUCGACGAUAUCGAUGACAAUUGGCAGGGAUUGAGAUUGGAUCUAGCGUCGAGCAACACGAACCAAAUCACGACGACGAGUCUGGAUGUGGAAACGGACGAUUCUCAGAGAGGUCGUAUCGCACCAGAGCCACCAAGCUCUAGCGUCGGGAGUACUCCUAGUCCUACGACGGCAUAUCAUCGCAAUACUUCAGACUUUUUCAAAGUCGUUACGCCGGCGAGCGAUUGCGAAGCGGAUUCCCCUUCUCCGGAACGUAAUCACAAAGUCGCAAGAGUCAUUGGUGAAUUGCCGAUCGCUCAAUACUCUGGCAGUCCGAGACGUUAUGGAGUUCGCGAAAAUCCACAGCUUCCUAGCUUACUGUCGUCGCCCUCUAUGUACAUGACACCAAGGCCUGGUUUUCCACAGAGAAUAUUGCCGACAACACCAAAUCACAAUGAGAAAGAGGAUACUUCUGCAGAAAUUGUUGUAGACAAGACUGUGAUAGAAAAUGCUAGCACUGAGGAUCAGUCUGUCAAUCCUUCACCGCCAUCACCAAAAGUCGAAGAGGAGGAGGAGGAGGACUCUUUGAAGCCAUCGACUUUACCUGCCGAUAAUAUAAGCAGUCUUGUUUCGCCAGGAGGUAGUACGUUCGACUACCUGUACGAAUUCUCAGAGACACGAAAGGUAUUAGAGGAAUUUUUCAAGUGCCCGGCGCCGACGAAAGAAAAGGAGAACAAUAUAGAAUCUUUCCCUUUCCAGGAUCUUGAUUACGAACUACGAAGACAAGGAGGAAGUGCAUACGUUGGUCAGCGAUUAGCUAGUGGCCCACCAGCAACAGAGGAGGUUAUGGUACACGAGUCUCCUAAAAAGCAACGAGCGGAAUUCCCACAAAAUACAGGUGAACACGAGAACAACUUCUUGGACUUGUCAGUGGGAACCGGUAGCAGCGAGGAUCUCGGGGAGACCGAGGUCGGUUUGCAAGUGGGACACUCGCGUAAUUUCACGCUGAGUCCCGAGACGACCGAUUGCGAUAGCAAUUGCGGGGACUUGGACAGCGAAGUGUCCCUCAUGAUGAUGGAUAAUGAAUUGAUGCCGGCGAGUGGUCUCCUGGGCUCGGUCGGCGAUUUGGGGAAUAAUUCGGAUUCCCUGAGAAUAUACACUAGCAUGCCGGUGUUGGAGGACGGGCUAUCUAGUGGGCACGCGAGCGACACCGACAACAACAAUCCCACUGUGAUGCUCAUGAAACGACAGAUCAACGAGAUCGAGAAGGAGAUUAUACAGAGAACUCGUAACGACAUGUUGGGCACGGAGAACGACUCCAGCAAGGACGUUAGUCUGAACGUAACGAAGGACAUUUUACACACGCUGAAGACCACGUCGCCCGAUCUGUUCGUCGCGAAGAAGGAGAACUCGUACGACACGAACGAGUUGCAGCUUGACGGGCUAGAUCCUUUGGGCACACCUCCACCGCCGGCGCCUCAAGGUCGGCAAAGUGUAAGUUUAGAGAUAGGCGGCGAGGUGGAAGCGGCCAUCAAGGACAUUAGGAUGGCGCUGCAAAGGACUAAAACUCUGCCUGUGAAAUCACCGUCCGAAGAUCCGCCGGAGCCAAGCGUCAGUCCGAUAUGGAUACCAAGUAUAAUGGAUGGCAGGCGGAGAGUCUGUAUGGAGAGCAACAGCGAAGAGUCGGAAGCACGUCGCGUGGGUGACGAGGCAGAUGUGGAGAUCGAGGAGUGUGCGGAUGAGGAAGAGGCGGACACCGACCUCGAGACGGACCGAUUGCUCGGUCAGCAGAGAACGGACGAUCAAGGAUUCUACGACGACAAGGGGUGGAGGAAGCCUAAAACUAGGACAAUGUUACCACCAAUGAAUGCGAAAGUCGCUACUCCAAAGCAAACCCCUCCCAAAACCCUCAGUGUUGCCCCGAUAGAGACGCUAGCGCCUUCCGAGCCCUUGCCCUCGACGUCUACCUCGAUCUCUCCUCCUCCCGUAGUGUCUGUUAUACAAUCGCCGUCUUCUGAGUGCGAAGUAGCUACUCCCGCGCAACCUACAUCGAGUCCGCAGAAGACCCCAGUCAAAAAUUCCCCCACAUCCCCUCAGAGUCUCAAGGAAUCCAACAACAAGGUGAAAAAGGACAAGGAGGGAAAGAAAAAGAGCAGAAACAAGGAAGACUUAUUGGACGACCCCUCAGUGUUGAUCGAGGGCGUGCUAUUCCGCGCGAGGUACUUGGGAUCCACACAAUUGGUAUGCGAAGGUCAACCGACCAAGUCGACGCGAAUGUGUCAAGCGGAGGAGGCCGUCUCCAGGAUAAAGGACGGGCCAGUGCCGAUGCAGGCAACACUCUUAAACUAUGGGGGGCAGCAUGGUUAUGGUCGCUGCAGCAUUGCCUCGCAAGGAAGCCUAGAGGAGGACGAGUGCGACUCGAGCGAAGAACUAAUAGGGAGCGCUUCUGGUGGGGGCCAGUCCGAGUCGCACGCGCUUGGGGCCCAGCCGAAACUGGCCCCGAUCAGUGGCUGCUUGGGGUCCACGACCGUUUUCAGACUACAGUUUCUCGGGUCGGUGGAGGUGGAAGAGGAAGGGGGACGUAAACGGCGUAAGCGCCUUAAGAAACACAUGGUGGAGGAGGCAGUGACGAAAAUAAAGGCGUUGGCACCGGACGGUGACACUCAGCCGAGCACGGAGGUGGACCUGUUCAUUUCGACGGAAAAGAUCAUGGUGCUCAACACGGAUCUCAAGGAGAUUAUGAUGGAUCACGCUCUGCGCACGAUCUCGUACAUUGCGGAUAUCGGCGACUUGGUAGUGCUGAUGGCGCGACGACGCUUCGUGCCGCACGAGAUGGAGGAGGUGCCGAAAAUUAACAGAACUCCGAAGAUGAUCUGCCACGUUUUCGAGAGUGAGGAGGCUCAAUUCAUAGCACAAAGUAUCGGACAAGCAUUCCAAGUAGCUUACAUGGAGUUCCUAAAGGCAAACGGGAUAGAAGACCAUAGUUUCGUUAAGGAGAUGGAUUACCAGGAGGUGCUCAAUUCGCAAGAGAUAUUCGGCGACGAGUUGCAGAUGUUCGCGAAGAAAGAGAUGCAGAAAGAGGUAGUGGUACCAAAAGCGAAGGGUGAGAUUCUUGGUGUGGUAAUCGUUGAAUCUGGAUGGGGCUCGAUGCUGCCAACCGUAGUCAUAGCGAACCUGGCGCCGGCCGGCGCUGCCGCACGUUGCGGACAGCUUAAUAUUGGCGAUCAAAUAAUAGCGAUUAAUGGUGUCUCAUUAGUCGGCCUGCCUUUGUCCACGUGUCAGACUUACAUAAAGAAUUCGAAGAAUCAAACGGUCGUCAAGCUGACUGUCGUGCCGUGCGCACCCGUUGUUGAAGUGAAAAUCAAGAGACCUGAUACGAAGUAUCAGUUAGGAUUUAGUGUACAGAACGGAGUGAUAUGUAGUCUAUUGAGAGGCGGUAUCGCCGAACGGGGCGGCGUGCGGGUGGGACAUAGGAUAAUUGAAAUCAAUAAUCAGAGUGUUGUUGCUGUACCGCACGAAAAGAUUGUUAAUCUUCUGGCCACGUCGGUGGGAGAGAUUUUGAUGAAAACGAUGCCCACGUCGAUGUUUAGGCUGUUAACCGGUCAGGAGUCUCCGGUGUACAUAUAAAAGCGUUCAGUUGCCUGGCUGAUGCGUAGUGAACAGACAAUACAUCCGCCAUCCACUACCAUACUAUCCGCUAUCUUUACUGUACAGGUUAUUCGAUGCAAAGUCGCUUUGUGUUUCGAUUCUUAUGGAAGACAAUUCGUACGUUCACCAGCUCCUGCUUAGUAAACGAGACUACGUAAAAAGAUAGGUACGUCGCAGAAACCUUACUAAAUAUUUACUCAAGCAUAAUUUAUAUAAUUAUUGAUUAUAUUGUAAG